AUGUACAAGCUGGCCUCCUGCUGUUUGCUUUUCAUGGGAUGCUUGAACGCUCUCUUCUCUCUCCCCGUCCCCGGCUCCAGGGAAGAGCCCCUGCUGUUCUCGGAUCCCGAUACCAAUGUUUUUAACCCAAGAGGAAUUACGAGGAAGGCUCUCUCUGGACAAGAGCCCAACAUUCUACUGAAUCACCUUUUGGCCACAAUCAGGAAACAAUUUAAAAAACGUGGGCAUCCCUCUGAAUGCUUCUGGAAAUACUGUGUCUGA